AGCAGUCGGAUUGGAGAUAUAUACUAAGCAUUCUCUGUAUUUAAAAGGAUUUAUUCGCGACAGUAAUUCUAUUUGUACGUCCGGAUAAGCAAUUCAGUUUGGUUUAACUACUGUAUCCUCUUGAAACGAAUUAUCGUGUUAUCCAACUCGCUCGUAGGCUAAGAAAUCAGCAUCAGGAAACGCAUCCCCAAAGCGAAUUGGAGAAUAUUAUUUAACUCGCAGGCUGGUUAAGUCUUAGCUUUUAUUUUAUACAAAUCUCAGAAAAUAACAAUGUUUUGCCGAAAUCAGACUACGAGAGCCACUGUAGCAAGGGGAUCUGCUAUGGAAAUGGAGAUACGACGUGGGAAGUUCAGGCGGAGCAUUUUCUUCGAUACGCUACAGGACAGUGACAUCCAGAAGAAGAUAGACUAUGAGAUCAGGAUGCGGGACGGGGCCUGUAAGCUCCUGGCAGCCUGCUCUCAGAGGGACCAGGCUCUGGAGGCGGCCAAGAGCCUGCUGACCUGCAACGGCCGCAUCAUGGCCUACAUGUCUGAGCUGCAGAGGAUGAAGGAAGCCCAGGUCAUGCAGAGAGUGGGGCGCAGGUCGUCUGAUGCUGGGCCCUUGGACGACCGACUCCCUUGCAAGGGCAAAGUGGCCAUUUCAGACCUGCGUAUCCCGCUGAUGUGGAAGGACACGGAGUACUUCAAGAACAAAGGAGAGCUGCACCGCUGUGCGGUGUUCUGCCUGCUCCAUCUCGGAGGGGAGAUUUACGAUACAGACAUGGUCAUGGUGGACCGGACUCUCACUGACAUCUGCUUCGACAACACCAUUGUGUUUAGCGAGGCCAGCCCCGGGUUCGAGCUGAAGGUGGAGCUGUACAGCUGCUGCUCGGAGGACGAGUUCUCGGCGGGCAGCACGCCGCGGAAACUGGCCAGCAAACUCAGCAGCUCCCUGGGCCGGUCGGCGGGCAAGAAGCUCCGCACCACCAUGGAGACCGGGCCGGGCGGGGCCAUCACCAACGGCGGGGGGGCCACCCUGCUGCUGCCCCCGCCCUCUGUGCCGGGUCCGAAGUACCACCUCCUCGCACACACAACACUGACUCUCGCCCACGUACAGGACAGCUUCCGUACUCAAGACCUCUCCAUCACAGGAAACGAGGAGUGCUCCUAUUGGCUGCCGCUGUACGGCAGUGUGUGCUGUCGCCUGGCAGCACAGCCCCUCUGUAUGACUCAGGAGAUGAUGAGCGGAUACCUGAGGGUGAAGCAGCUGGGUGGGGAGCCCCAGGGCUGGAGGAAGAUCUACGGUGUCCUGAAAGGGACAAACCUGUUCUGUUACCACAGGCAAGAGGAUGUGGAGGCCAAAGUGGAGCCAGUCUGCACCAUCGCCAUUAACAAGGAGACGCGCAUCCGUGCUGCAGAGAAGGACCCCCACAGUAAAGCGCAGAGCAUCUCCGUCAGUAACCAGUACGGUGGUGAGGACGUCACACACACCCUGAGCGCUGACAGCAAGGCGGACACACAGCGCUGGAUGGAGGCCUUCUGGCAGCAGUUCUACGACAUGAGCCAGUGGAAGCAAUGCUGUGACGACCUGAUGAAGAUUGACAUGCCAUCGCCACGGAAACCCGCCAUCAUCAUGGCGAAGCAAGGCUCCCUCUACCACGAGAUGGUUAUUGACACCUCGGACGACAUCGGCACGGUGACGGACAUCCUGACCCAGCGCAUGCAGCAAUUUGAGCUGAGGAGCAGGCUGGGGUCCUCCCCUCCCUGGAUGGCCCUGUUCGAGGAGUCCCCAGGCCGCACCCACCUCCAGCACCACCCCCGGCCCCCCCGACCGCACUGCCGCAGCCCCCGCUCCCCCCGAGGGCCCCCCCGGCUGGGGCCCCUCUCCUCGGACGCCAGCCUGACAUCAGACAGCGACAGCCCCUCCAGCACCAGCCCCUGCUCCCGGCACGCCUGGAGCGAGCCGCCGCCAUCCCGCUUCCGGCCACGAACGCUGUCCCUGGACGCCAAGCUCACGGGCCUGCGGGGGAGGAGGGGCUACGGGGGGCCGUCCUGCGCCUGUCAGCCCCCGGCCUCCGUCUCGGCCUCCCCGGCCUCCUCCUCCUCGUCCUCCUCUCGGCCCCCCCAGAAGGGCCUGUCCUGCUCCAGCUCCAGCAGCAGCUCCAGCGAGGGCAGCAGCACCCCGGAGUCUGAGGGGGGGAGCCCCUUCUCCCGCCCCAGCCCCGCCCGACGCAGCAUCAGGAACCUGCGCGCCAAGCUGGACCCCCGAAACUGGCUGCAGAGUCAGGUAUAGCGCCCCCAUCCCUGCUCCAGCCCACCUCGAAAGGCUUGACUGAAGCCUUCUGGAAAGAACUAGAAGGAUUGUCCCGUCAUCAGGUGAUCCAGAGCUAAAACAGGGGCCCAAUAUGACUCUCUUUCUCUCACUCUCUUCCUUCCUGUUGUGGAGCCUGGAUCACUGGAACCUUCUAGUGGCUUCACCCCAGCUUCUCAUAGAGUAUAUUGAAUGUUUUACACCGGUGUAAAAUUUCAAAAUAUCUGUCGUUGGUGCACCAACUGGAAGAAGCAACUUCUGUAUGGCAAAGAGGGCAGCAGACCAUAAGUCGUGCAGUUUUAAACUGACGACAAGAAAGUGGUCAUUUUCUUGUUGAUCCCCGCCUCCAUCCUCUGACAUACCUCCUGUCUUCAAUAAUUAACUUCAAAUUUUGGAAUGAAGAGGGAACGAACCUUUCUGUGUGCAGAGUUGUGAUUCGCAGACUCAACGCUUCACCCCAGGACCGGAGUUGUGAUUCACAGACUCAACGCUUCACCAUGCAGCCUGAGCACCUCGGCUCAUUGCAGAUACUCUGGUCUUUACAGCCUAGACUCUCAAACAGCGUACGCUCCACUGCAAGUUUGGAUUCUUUCAAAAAAAGAUUUUAAAAAUCGGUACCUGGGCACGCAACAGUGCCUGUUGACUGAAUUGAAUUGUGGGAAUUCCUGCAUUCAGAGGAAUUUGUCAUGACCCAAUGUGAAGUUCAACGAGUUUGCCACAUGAAUGUGAUGUGUGGGGGACAAAUGACUGCACACUCAUACAAGUCAGGUUACAUAUAAGUAAAGACUGAUCAGGAAGAUAAGAUCAAUGAAUGCCACAAGGCAUCUUUAAGCUAGAACCUCUUGCUUAGACUUAGGGCGUUGCUGUUCUGAACCUAAUUCAUCAGAGGUUUCAGGUCAGUCCCAAAUUCCGACGUUGAGGUCAUGUUUUUGAUGUACAAAACAUCAAAAACAUUCCACAGAAGAAAGAGAGCUGGUUGGUCAGGCCAGGUGGAAAUUCCAGGAACCAGCCUCAGAGGAAGUCUACCUCCUGGAUCUUCUGGCCAAGCUGGCCCUCCAACUGGACAUGGUCUUGCCAAGCAUGAUUGCUAUCUCAUCCAUCUUGUUGCCAGGUUGUCCAUCUCCAAACCAUCUGGACUAGCUUAAAACCAGGCUGGAACCAAGACUGGUAUUUCCAACAGAGUGUACGACAUCAACAGCAUGUACAAGGUGCAUCCAUGGACAAUGUUUAACGCCAGUUGAAGGGCCGAAGCUGCUGUUGUACUCUUCCUUAAUAUGUACUCCAUCACUGCAGUCAUCACCUUCCUCUCCAGUUUUCAAAAAGCAGAGCAACAAAUACUUAGCUUUGCAUCCGUUAUUGCAUGGCUUUGCACUGCUCUAACAAUGUAAUGUGUGAAUUUCUAAAGCCAUUUAAAAUCUUGGUGUGUGAAUUUUCUGUCAAAUGGUUUCAUUCAUCUGGAAGGGGGAAAUAGGUUACUAGCCUUUUAAUAUGCCUGGCCUAGGAAUCUGAUUACUGUUAAGCCUUGGCAUGUACCAGUUUUUACUGUGGUGACCUCAAUGAUACACUUUAUCUAAUUUUACAGUGAACAUUUAUCAGUAAGAUAAAUAGGGAGACUAAUACUGCUGCAUUCUCUUACCUCACAAUUAAUAAUUUUAAGCAACUGCACACAUAUUUAUCUGUUAAAUAUUACGUCGGCAAUAUAAUACAUUAGAUAUAUUAUACAUUAAUUAUACAUUAAUUAUGAAUAUGGGCAAGUUCCUUCAGCUGUUUAGAGUUUAGACCUGUGUGGGUAGGCCCCAAUGGUCUUAAAAAAAACAUGAACAUGAGCGUUGACUAUUUUUGGAAUCCUUGGUAUCCAGGGGCAUGGCUUCAAAAGUCAGUGAUUUGAUUUGUAGACAUUAUAUUCCAUGAAAGUAUGUUGAAAACCACACCUCUGAAUAUCAAGUGUUUCUGAACAAUGACCACAGCCUGUUUAAAAGGGAAUAACAAAAAAGCUGUUUAGUGGAAUGAUGACUUUAUUUCCCUUUUCCGCAUGUUAAUGUUCUUUUCCAGUUAAGGAUCGCUUCACACACUAACUUACAAACCUUCACGCCAUGGAAUCAGAUUAGGAAAAAGCUUUCCGGUCUUUUGGUUGGGAAGCCUUGUUCCAUGGAUGGCUGUGACCCAAGGAUUUUCAGAAUACUUGCUCAAGAAAGAAAUGGACGAGAUUUAGGGCAUUGGCAAUGAGUUGAAUCAGUGUCGGAUGUACCCUUCUGGGGAAAAAAAAUACUACAUCUCUCCAGGUAAUCAACCAAGCAGGAUUCAGUGUGUGUACCCUUCACAGACAUGACGACGUGCUUGCAGUAUGUGGCUGAAGACCUGGGCAACUAUUUUGUUGUACAAGAAACAUGAACCCCUUUCAAGGCAAUGGGUCCCCUGACAAAUGGGGAUAUUUCACAUUAUGCAUUUAUGAGUGGGCUGUGCAUUUGUUAAACACCUUUAGUAUGGAUCUGUGAGUGGUUCCACUGCCCAUAUGUUAAGAUAAGACCUGUUCAUAGAAUUUAAUGACACCAGGGAGAAGUUACAUAGCGAGAUAGUGUUUACUAUUUUAAAUAGAUAUAUAACAGUAUAAACUGUACCAGUAGUUGUAUUUUUGUAUUUACUGUAUAUACUGUAAAGCCAUGCCCCUCCCAAGAACCAUUGUUCAGGUAUUUUAGCUUUGUCCUCAGUGAUGAUGAAAGGCAAGGCAAUGUCUCUCCUUUUCGGACAGUGCAGUGAGGCCUAGUGUCCCAUGUCUCUGCCUAACAAAGACUGUAAAACUAAGCCACUGUGUCUCUGCAGUUCACCAGAACUCUGUUCACUUUACUAAAGGUAGAUCUGAACUGCUUAAAAGCAACAUUUGUGACUGUAAAGUUUUGUAAUUUAACUUUUUUUGUCUUUUUUGAGAUUACAUGUAUUUUGAAUUAUUGAUUUUGUUAUAAAUAUGACUAUAUUGAUAUAUAAGUUUAACAAAAGAGUACCGGUCUUUAACCAUAAAGAUGGUUAACCUUUAAAUGGGAGCUCUGUGGCUGCAGUCUGUCUGCAUGUGCAGCUGCUUGGGGGAGAUGAGUAUAGCCAGGAAUAUUUAACUCAGUUUAAAGUUAAACAAAAAUAAAUGCUUUAUCAAUUUGAAA